AUUCCUAGUCGCCAAACCCGCGGCCCUCGACAACUUACACCUUAUUGUCUCGUGUUACGACCAAACUGCCAUUCCGGGGGUUUCAUGCUCUAGGUAGUCUUGUUCAAGUCCGGUAUCCGUUAGCUCUUAGGAAGAACCCGAACCUAAGAUCAAAUGCCACCCGGUCCAAUAGCAGGUCCUUCAGCGGCGUCAUGCAGUCCGGCGCCUUACGGCCAGGCUUGCGUUGCCUGCUCCCGUGCCAAAUGCAAGUGUUUCUAUCGGUCUGAUGGGUCUUCCUGUGAGAGGUGCCAUCGUCUUGGAAAGACUUGUGAACCAACCUUAACUGCUCGCAAACGGAAAGCCCAUACGCCACCUCUCCCACAAUCACCCGUGCAACAUCCGCCUCCAGCUGGUAGCACUCGACUUGAGGAGAAAUUAGAUGAGCUUGUAAGCCUGUUACGCUCUCAGGCAGCUGAGAAACAAGCCCAACAGCAUACGCCAGAAUCCUUACCCGGAGGGGCACUCGCUGGUUAUACUGAUUCCAUGUCUCCAACACCUGUAUCUAUACCUGUACGUGAGCAUCCGGAUAUCGCCAUAGACACCACUGCUACUAUCGUACAUCUCUUACGCCCCUCUACUCCUACAUCACCAUCCCCCAUAUUCGAUGAUGUGUCCGUUCAUAAAAUAUCAGAAGCGGCCGCAGAAGAACUAUUAGACAGCUUUCGUAAUGCCUUCAUUCCCAUGUGUCCUGUUGUUUAUAUCCCUAUAUCAACGAGCUCCGCUGAGCUGCGCCGUGAGAGGCCUUUUCUAUGGCUUGUCAUUAUGGCCUUGACCUCCAAGAUGAUCUCGCAGCAGUUCGCAAUGGCGGAUACAAUAUGGCGCAUUAUAUCACACAGAGUAGUUUUGCAACAUAUAGUUGAUAUGGAUCUACUCCUUGGCAUCGUCUGCUUCGCUACUUGGUCUCAUCACCUCAAGGAGGAUAAACCAUUUAUGUGUAUGCUUUCUCAGUUAGCCGUAUCACUUGCCCUCGAGCUGAAUAUACAUCAUGAUACGCCGACGCGGCCGCUGCGGCGUAAUCGAUUCCCAACUCAACGGCCCGUAGAGCAGCGCUCUCGAACUAUAGAAGAGCGUCGGACCAUGCUAGCUGUCUUCCAUCUCACGUCUUCUACAUGGUUAACAUACAGACAAACGGAGCCUCUUCGUUGGACAUCAUACUUGGAUGACUGCCUCCGUAUCCUCGAAGAUGAAAAGGAGGCAUAUACCGAUAUCUUUUUGACUACGCAGGUCAGGUGUCAGAUCAUUUCGAACCAACUAACCUGUUCUUUCGGAAACCAGCCAGCGGGAGUAGAAAGCCCUAAAGCAGCAUCGACCGCUCUGAUUACAGCCCUGCUAAGAGAACUUGGCAAUAUUCGACGAAACUUGCCAGCCGAGGUCGAAUCAAAUAAAGCAACGCAGUUCUACUUGUGCUUUGCGGAAAUAAAAAUUCGAGAAACAGUGCUUUACAGACCUAGGAUCAUAGACCAGACAGGCGCUUCGCAGUUCCAGCGACUACAAGACCUAGACAUAGUUUUAAGCAUCGCGGAGCGAUGGAUAUCCAUUUUAAAUGCCCUGCCCUAUUGCGAGUGGCACGGCAUCACUGCCGAUCUCUUCACCCAGUUUACCCAGUACCUGGUAGUACUGUUCAGGCUCCAAACCCUUGACGAACCCGGCUGGGACCAGGACGAAGUGAGGCGAAGAGCCGACGUCUUCGGUAUUAUAGACCAGGCCUGCAUAGAUGUCGACCGCGUCCCGGUGUCGCUGGGCAUGGUCGACGCCGAGGGUCCGCGCAGCGGAUUCUUCUUCAAAAUGUCGCGUCUGCUCCGGGAAGUAAGGGCGCUUUUCCUGGCAGAGAUGCCGCAGAACACGCAGCUAAACCCUGCUUUCCCCGCCGCGGAUAAUAUGGCUACGGGGGAUGGUGUUAAUACCGGCGCUGGGUUUGGGGAAGACAUGUCUCUCGCGGAUGAAAUUUAUUUGAAUGCGGUACAAGAGGAUAUUUUGGCGCAUAUAUGGGAUUUUAGGCCGGAUGGUUCUUACAUGUCUUUUGCUUCGUAGACUGAUACCAAUAUAGGGGCUAUGUUUGUAUUGCAAUACUAUUUAUUGGAAUAAUUCGUGUAAUAGACUUUCAACGGUCAACGCCAACACUCUUCUUGUCAUCUUACUCCUUACUUAUAUCACAUUAUAGAUUCUAAGCCCCGUA